ACAAUCUGCAAGAUUUGUAUAGCUUAGGUCCUACGUUGAAAAUCGGAAAGAGAUAACCUGUAUACAAAAGUUUUAUGAAGGGGUGAUGUAGGGGAGUUUUAGAAAAAUGACUGUUGCCCCUUUAGUGGUAGAAAUCGGCUUCAUAUUUUUGCUAGCUGCGUAUUUGCUUCAUAAAUAUGGUAACUGGACAACUCAUCAUGUUUUGGUCACUAUUGCUGUUUUUGUUGCUUGGUAUUUCUCUUUCACUGUGAUUUUUAUUUUGCCUCUAGAUGUAUCCACAACUUCUUAUAGACAGUGUUUGCGAGACCAGGUUUCAACCAUAACAACCAAUUCUUCUGCUGCUCUACCACUUGUUACUGGUGCCACAGAAACGGGAAACUCCACAAUUUUACCCUUACUGAAUGUCAGUAUUACGGAGACAGCACUUCACCAUGUAUUUGAGAUAGCCCCGGGAAAGAACGAAAAGAAGAGGUGUGAAAUACCAUGGAGUCACAUACCUGCUGGUGUACUACCAAGUCUGUGGCGAGUUGUCUACUGGACAUCGCAGGCUCUGACCUGGCUUAUUCUUCCAAUGAUGCAGUCUUUUUCUACGGCUGGAGACUUUACGGUGGGGGGGAAGUUACGGACUGCUGUGGUGGAGAAUGCUAUAUAUUACGGCACUUAUCUGCUUAUUUUUGGGAUCUUGUUGAUAUAUGUUGCAGCUCAGCCUGGAAUGUAUCUGGAUGGCCCAAAACUGAAAGUGAUCUGCAUCACAGCAAGCAACACGUGGGGGCUCUUUCUUUUGGUUUUGCUUCUUGGUUAUGGGUUGGUAGAAGUUCCUCGCAUCUGCUGGAAUAAAAGUAAACGUGGACACAUGCUGAAUUAUCUUUACUUUAAAGCAGCAAAACUAAGUACAGAGAAGUGUGAGGCAGAAGAAAAAGUGGAUGAUGUUUUGGAGAAAAUGCAGCAAGUUUCCAAUACUGUGCCCAUUGGUCAUCCGUUGAGAAGAUGUGUGGAAAUUAUCUUGGAAAAGUGCCCAGAAGAAAAGAAAAACGCCAUUCGUCGUAGAAGACAGCCACUAGAGGAAAGUCCCGGAGCUGAUGUUAGUGAAAGAAAUCUUGUUCGUAUACAUCAGCAGAUUAUUCGAGCUCUACAGGCCUAUCAUCGAACACAGUGCCAAUGGAAUAUGUUAAUUGAAGAAGCUUUCGACUGGGAAGAUGUAGCCCGAAACGAAAUAAAUCCUGAACACACCUUUAAGCCAACAUUUAUGCCUCAGCGAUCAUCGCUUCUGAGGGCUUUGUAUACACCUAUUGUUGAAUGGUACUGGAAGUGUCUGGUUCGUAUCUGGGUGUUCCGAACUUUGGCCGUUGUUCUUGCAACCUUCAGUGUUAUUGUUGUGUGGUCAGAAAUGACCUUUUUCACCCGAUCACCAACUCUCUCACUUUUUGCUGUCUUUGUUGAUCUGGCAAGAAGAAAUUAUGACUAUAUUGCUAUUGAGCUGGUGUCCAUUUUGACUAUUGCCUACCUUUGUGUAUGUGCGUACUACACUGUCUUCAAGGUUCGAGUCUUAAACUACUACUACUUAGCACCUCAUCAUCAGACGGAUGAAUACAGUCUUAUCUUCUGUGGAAUGCUACUUUGUCGUCUAACUGCUCCAUUGUGUCUCAAUUUUCUGGGUCUAAUUCAUCUCGAUAGUCAUGUGAUUAAAGAGAAGGAAAUCUUGGAAACGGCUUUCACGGAGAUCAUGGGUCAUAUGGACGUGAUUUCUAUCAUAUCGGACGGGUUCAAUAUUUACUUUCCCAUCCUCAUCUUCUUGCUCUGUCUCGCCACCUACUUCCACUGUGGCAGCCGUGUGCUACAUAUGGUUGGUUUUGAGCAGUUUCUUGGUGAGGAUGAAAUGACGGCUGACCUGAUCGAAGAAGGAAAAGGAUUAAUAAAAAGAGAAAAAAGUAGGAAGAAAAGAUACGAAGAAGGUGAGGCUCGUAGGCGGCAGUACCAGAUGAGGUUUGGAAAUCAGUCGGGUGCUCGUGGAAAUCAUAUUGAAAUGGACAGCGAUAACAACAGGCAUGGAAUGACUAGAUCAGGAUCGGAUGAGAGUGCUAGAGCUGAAUUGUUACGAGAUGUUGAGCCGGUGGACUACACCGAAGAACGAGGUGGUCGAGUACUCGACAACUUCACAGAAUCUUAUUCAAGUUUUGGUUCAGACCCUUUAAAAAUAGAUAUGUCGGAAUCUCGGGGGUAUGGGUUUGGUAAAGAUUUUGGCAAACAAACAUACAGUAGAAUGGGACAUCCACCAGGUGGUAUAUUUGAUGACGUUUAGGUUAACUGGGGCUCUGAUACGUAUAAACAGAAGGAAGAGGUGUGUGUGUUUCUGACACACAAAGGUACAAUAUUUAUGUUUUUCUUCAUGUUCACCAGCACAUUCCAAGAAAGUACCUUUAAAUUGUCUUUUUUUUUUUUGCAAUAAGUGUAAUUAAAAUACCAUACUUAUUCAAUAGCAAGCAUUAAGUUAUAGCUUCAGAAAGUUACUAUUCAAACACUUGGUAAUAUAAAUGUCACAUAUUUCGGUUUAAUUUACUGUGCUUCAUAGUGGUGGAUGAUAAACUUUCCUUUGUAUAUGUAACCGUUUGUCAGAACAAUAUUAUUUAUUGCUUUGCACAAAAUAAAACAA